CCUCUUCAUGUUGUCCUAGGCUCUAGCGGCGAUUGAUCGCAUAGGCACGAUCGGCGCACGUGCGUGUUCAUUCAGGCCUUCCUCGCUUCUCGUCCAGAUGGUCUAAUCUGCAAGCGUGAAGCACGCUGCACGCGGUAUCAUCAGCAAGUCGGCUGACAUGCCAUAACCCCAGCUUCUCGAUGACUUGAAGUUAUAUAUAAUGCGGGGGGUGAAGAACCCAAGGUCUCCAGGCUGUUCUUCCUGUGUAGACAACCUCAGGCUCGUCUCGACAAUAACUGUUAAUCAUAAUGCGAGUCCUUAUCGCGUCCUUGCUCGCCACGACUUUGAUUGCCAGCCUCGAGUCACUGGCAGCGCCGGUCCCACAACAGCAACUUCUGGCCUUGGACCCUUAUCCUAACAAACCCAGGAUCACUUUCAGGCCCGAUGGUACUUUCAAGAUUACCGUGUUUUCUGAUUUGCACUAUGGCGAGAAUCCAUGGGACGAUUGGGGUCCCAUCCAGGAUAUCAAUAGCGCUCGGCUCAUGAGAACUGUGUUGUCUAGCGAGAAUCCUGACUUUGUCGUCUUGAAUGGGGAUUUGAUCACUGGCGAGAAUACUUUCAGAGAGAAUUCAACGAGUCUCAUAGAUGAGAUUGUUGCUCCUCUCAACGAGGCCAAGAUACCGUUCUCGUCCACGCAUGGUAAUCAUGACAAUCAAGCGAACAUCUCUCAUAUUGAGGAGAUUUAUCGUGAACAACGUGUUGCCCCUCUGUCUUACACACGCACGGCGCCCUCUGGUAUCGGCGGUCAGAAUGGACCAGGAACGUACUGGAUACCGGUUUACACACGUGCUAGCGACCGUACACCUUCAUUGAUUCUGUGGUUCUUCGACUCCAGGGGCGGAUUCUUCGAGCCGACAGGCUCUGAACCUGUGCCUGAUUGGGUGGACGAUACCGUCGCAGGUUGGAUCAGACAGCAGACCGCAUUUAUGAAUGCUGCUUGGGGUCCCGCCGAGAACAUGAGCAGAGGCGCUUUGGCGUUUGUGCACAUACCUCCACAUGUCAUUCAGAAUAUCCAGCCAACACUGAAUAGUACUCGUAAUCCAGGGCUAAACGCGGAUGAACUUGGUGCUGGUUCAACACAAGCUACGAGUGAUCCAUCUUCGGCGGGCAAAGAUCAAGCGUUCUGGGACGCUCUUAACAGGCAUGUCAAGAACCUACACGCAGUCAUAUCUGGACAUGACCACGGAAAUGAAUGGUGCGUCCGUGAACCAACUAAGAACGUCAUCUUCUGCUUUGAUAAACAUUCCGGCUAUGGCGGAUACAGUGGCACCGGAUGGGGUCACGGCGUUCGCAACAUCGUUUUUACAUCUCCUGAUCCAAAGGAGGGUUUGGACACCUGGAUUAGGUUGGAAGACGGCGAAACACGAGCGAGGGUGAAGCUGGACGCAAGUUAUCAGUAAUAGUCCACUUUCGAACCGGCCUUCGGUCGUAUUUUGGUUCGUCCGUUCUAUUGCUUCAACCGGUAUCUAGAUGAUCCUUCGAUCAACUCUAUGUCAUCCUCUCAGCUUGGGUGCUUUGUAUCAACUCGUUACUAUCACCUGAAUUGUGCCACUCAAAUAUUCUGGUACUUAUCCGUUUGUGGUUCCUGUAGGCGCUCGUUUUACAUACACGAGGCGUCCGCCGCGAGUGUUGGGCUUUGACCUCGCUAACACUGUUUGACCUCACACGACCUCUUUGGCUUUGACUCCUUUGGCCUCGGAAUAAUUCAUGUAUAAAUACAAGCUUCAAUG